ACACUUAUCUUUCCAAAAUUUAAGUCAUUUUAGGAUGCAAGACCCAACAAUAUUCCCAGGAGUGAAGCCACCACCACAUUUUCCCGAACAAGAACAACUCCAGUGUCCACGUUGUAACUCCAACAACACCAAAUUCUGCUACUACAACAACUACAACCUCUCGCAGCCACGCCACUUUUGCAAGAACUGUAGAAGAUACUGGACUAAAGGUGGUGCCUUGAGAAACAUCCCUGUUGGGGGUGGAAGCAGAAAGACCACAAAACGUUCUUCAUCAACCUCAAAACGCUCUUCUGCACCAUCUUCUUCUUCCUCUGCAGUUUCGGAGCCUGACCCGACCCGUAAUUGCACCAACCCGGUUGAUCAAGACCAAAGGGUGCUCAACAUUGGUGGUGGGAGCUUCAGUUCCCUCUUGGCUUCAUCUGGGCACUUUGGAACCCUCCUGGAGGGUCUGAAUCCAACUGGGUCGAGUCUCAAAAUGGGUGAAUUUGGGGAGGGUGUGAGUUCUGAUCCGGGUUUGAAUUUGGUUUCGGGUCAAAACCCGGGUUUGCAGGUGCAGAGUACUAAUGGGAGGUCAGAGAGUUUUCUAGGUUUGCAAAAUGGUGAUUCAAGCUGUUGGAAUGGUACCCAUGGCUGGUCUGAUCUUGCAAUAUACACACCUGGCCCAAGUUUUCAAUAGAAGCUUGGUGAAACAAGUUUGAGGCUUUUCGGCUUAAAUGCUUAAUCCAUCUUCUCAAUUAUGGUGAUUGGUCUUAUAUAUAUAUACAUUCAUACUAUGGUUGUGUUUUUUCUUGGGUACAGAAAAGUUUAGGUGAGUUUGAUCCUGGGAAAUUCAUUCAAGGCUUCACAGUUCAAAAAGCGCUUAAUGUACAUGAUAUUCUAAUUCACGUUCUGGUGAAAUAUGAAUUCUAUCUUGCCAAUUGGAUCAAUCUUCGUUCACAUUUAUUAUAUGAUUGUGUAAAGAGUUAUAUAAUUUGAUCAAGCCUAUGGAUAGCAUGCUAUGGAGGAUCAUACAUACCACCAGAAUGUCACUAAAGCAGCAUCCUUUAGGUAAUUUUUUUUUUAAAAAAAAUCUUUUAUAUGCUUGUGAUGGGUGUUCUUCAAAGUUGCUAUCACUUAUGAAAAUUUGAAAGACAAAGGAAGGCAUUUGUUUGUGAGGAUGUGAGAUGUUAUUACUGUAAUUUGGUAUAUGGAAGUUUACAUGGACAAGUUGUUGUGUGUUGUUGACUUGUUGUGCAUUAUAUUUAGAUAUUUAAGGGGAUGUGGGGAUGAUAUGGAGAAAAUCUAAAGUACACCCUUUGAAGUUGUAUCUUGUUUGUAUCUUAUCAAUGGAGGACCUGACAACUGACAACUUGUUUCUUUGCUCUUAUGUUCCGUCCUGGUCAAUGUUUUCAGAUUCACCUUCUCAUUCUUGUUAACUUAUUCAAAACUCAACGAUGUAAACUUUGGUGUUAUUUAAUAAUACAUUUAUUUUAACUUCA